AUGUACGAGGAGCAUAAUCGUUUUUCCCGUCAAAAGGUCCUCAAGCUGUUGAUAACCACACAGAUGACCAAGAUCCAACAGGUACAUGACCACGCCAUGAAAAUGAUGGGGUACAUUAACGAAUUGGAGGCUCUUGGUUCUCAACUCGAUGAAGACGCUAAAACUGAUGCCAUCAUUAACUCUCAGUCUCCCUCCUUCAAUCAGUGGUCAAUCAAUCAAGCAGAAGAAAGACAAAGCAUUGAAUGCAUAUCACUUUCGCAAACAGACCAGACACUAGAAGAGGAAUUAUCCUCAAUAUCUGGAAAUCAAGAACAAAGGAGGUAA